GGGCCCGGCGGCGCGGGGCGGGCCCGGCGGCGCGGGGAAGAUGGCGGACACCGGGAGCAGCGUGGGGAAGCGACCUAAGUGCGCGCAGGUUGAGGACAGGAAGGUGGACUGGCGGCGCUGGAAGCAGGAGAGGAAAGCCGAGAAGAAGAAAUGGAAGGAAUUGAAGCUGCUGAAGAAACUGGAGAAACAGCGGAUGCGAGAGCUGGCAGAACAACAAACGCAGACGCAGGAGGAACAGAAGGAAGACAGAGGCCGGCUGCACACGCUGAGCGUGGCCCUGCCCGGCUCCAUCCUCAACAACGCGCAGUCGCUGGAGCUGCGCACGUACCUGGCGGGACAGAUCGGCCGCGCCUGCACCGUCUUCUGCGUGGAUGAGAUCGUGGUGUUCGACGACCAGGGGGAGGACGUGAGGACCGUGGAAGGGCAUUUUGAAGGAAUUGGGAGGAAAGGCAAGGCCUGUGUGCAGCUGGCUCGGAUCCUGCAGUACUUGGAGUGCCCUCAGUACUUGAGGAAAUGCUUUUUUCCAAAACACGAAGAUCUGCAGUUUGCAGGGCUGCUCAACCCCCUGGACAGCCCCCACCACAUGCGGGUGGACGAGGACUCGGAGUACCGGGAGGGCAUCGUGCUGGACCGGCCAGCAAAGCCAGGCAAAGGCUCUUUAGUUAACUGUGGGAUGAGGAAGGAGGUGCGGAUUGACAAACAGCUGAACCCUGGUCUGCGAGUCACCGUGCACCUAGAGAAGCCCCAGAACCCAGAAGCCAAAGUGCGGAAAGGCACCGUGGUGUCCUCGCAGCAUCCCCGGGAAGUCUCAGGCUUGUACUGGGGUUACAACGUCCGCCUGGCCUCCUGCUUGAGUGCUGUCUUUUCCGAGUGCCCAUUCAAGGAAGGCUAUGAUCUCUCUAUUGGGACCUCAGAGCGGGGCAGCUCAGUGGACCAGGUCACUCUGCCCUCCUUCAGGCAUGCCCUUGUUGUAUUUGGAGGCCUUGAGGGCUUGGAAGCUGGGGUUGAUGUGGACCCAAACCUGGAGGUCACCGACCCAAGUGCCUUGUUUGACUUCUACGUGAACACAUGUCCCACCCAGGGCAGCAGAACCAUCCGGACUGAGGAAGCACUGCUGAUCUCCCUGUCUGCACUGAGACCACACCUUGAGGAGGCUGUGAAGACACCCAGAGACAGCUGAGGGAAGGAAACCACUGACCUUGCAGCUGGGGAGGCAGCUCUUCAAACAGGGGCUACUGGGCAUGUCACUCCAGGAGCCUGGUGGGACCAAGGCACAGUGUGACUGGAGCUGGCAGCACCAGGCAUUCUCUGCUGCUGGGAGCAGUAAGUCUCUGCCCUCCUGCCUGCAUGGUCCAGCCAAGGGCUGGUUGCUGCUUCCCAGCAGCUCGCACGAGCCUGGCAACAGGCUUGGUCUCAGCAACUCAGACAUCUGGGGUGGGAAUAAAGCAGUAUGGAACCUCA